CUGGAGUAUCCCAAACGGCCGACAAGCCAACCCGGCGACAAACACAAGGACGAGGUGCGGCGUUGCCCACCUCCUCCUCGUCCUCCCCAUAGUUUCUAAUUUACCCCGCAAAAAGGAAGGGAAAAAAAAGAAAAAGAAAAAGAGACUGAUAAAGCCGCUGAAGAUAGAACGUGACAGCUCGCUUCAACCACAGCAACGGAUACCGGGGAAAAGGGGAAGGGGGGUGGGAGCACGCGGUCAUGUUCCUGGACGAGGGCCGAACGUUGCCAAUGUCCCAGCACGUUACGACGACCUGCCCGUCGGACUGGACACAGAGAGACGGGCAAUCAGUCAGUCAGUCAGUCAUAUGCCAUUUCUGUCUUGCCUCCCCGUCCGGACAACGGCCACCCCCCUUCCUCCCCUUCUUUGACGCCCGACGAACAGCAUCUCCCCUGUUCGUGGAAUCGGGCACGAAAGUUCCAGGUUCCCAGGGACGAAUACCCAGGCGGAGAGAAGGAAAGGCCUCUCAAACCCUCCAGGGGUUGGCCCUCGAGGUCUUUAAUCCCCUGUCGUGGAAAACCGGCCGAAAUUGUCCUCCCUGCCCUCACUCACACACACACACACGCACACCCCCCCUUCUCGUGACCCUCCACCCGACCCCAUGCUUCUCCCGCCCCUUGGACCUGGAAAUCUCCGUCAUGAGGCCCAGCGGGAGCCGCAUGCCUGAAGACUGGCGUGUGCAUGUCCGCAAAGGAGCCGCAGUGCCUCCGACGCUUAGUCCGGAACCUGGGGCCACCAGCGAGGCUGCCUUGCCUGCUUUGUGUGGUCUGCGGCCACACGCGCGGCGACGGUAAGGGGGAAACGGUCUAUCACGUAGUCAAGCACAGCGCAUUGGGUAGAGGGUGUGUGUGUGAGAGAGAGAGAGAGAGAGAGAGUCGUUCCGAGGUUUUCGAGGCGAUCGUUGUCCGGGAGGGAAGGGCAGCAGACU